UUCAUUUAUACUCGUCUGGUAAACACUGAACAGGUCACAACGAGUAGUGGAAGUAGCGAGUGGCCCUGUGACCCCCCAACACGGCCUGCGGGGACCACUCUGAGGCACUGUGAAGCAGAGAGAAGGGCGAGAGAUAAGUGUGGCCAUGGCUGAGGCGGCGGGGAAGGAGGAGACCACACCAGGAGCCCUCAAGGAGAAGACAGAGGAAAGUGAAGCUCUUGAGAACAAGCCUUCACCACAACAGUCCCAGCAGAUGCAGGCCAAGGAAGACUCUGAGGAGGAGUUAGAAUGUGCAGUGUGUCUACAGAAAUGUGUCCAUCCUGUACGCCUCCCCUGCACGCACAUCUUCUGUUUCCUCUGCGUCAAGGGCGUGGCAAACCAGAGCAAGCGAUGUGCCAUGUGUCGGCAGGAGAUCCCAGCAGACUUCUUAGACCACCCAACUCUUCUCUCUUCUAUAGAAGCAGAGAAAGAGGAGGUACUACCAGGAGGUUACCAGUGGUUCUAUGAGGGACGCAAUGGUUGGUGGCAGUACGACGAGAGGACGAGUCACGAGUUGGAGGCAGCGUACGGGUCAGGACAGAGGGCUUGUGAGGUGCUGGUGGCUGGCUUCUUGUACAUCAUUGACUUUGACCGGAUGGUUCAGCUCAGAAGGAAUGACCCAAGCAGGCGGAGACGGAUCAAACGUGACCUCAGUUCCAUCCCAAAGAAGGGAGUUGCUGGCAUCAAACUUCCCAGUCAGCUGGAGGCCGAGUUGUCUGCCCUGCACACUGCUGCACAUGCCAUUCACAUCCCCACCCACAGGGAUGGAGACAUGGCUGACAGCUUAAGUCCUGCUGCCAGUAACAACAACAACAAUGAUCUCUGUCCCCGCACUCCCACUGCCCCAAGCAAUACCCCACAGACACCACACACACCCAGUGCUGCCAGCAGCAGCAGUGGUUCCCCAGACACCAGUGAACCAACACAUCUCCAAGCCCUCACUGCAGAAUCUCAUCACCAUCAUUAUCAUCACCUCCCAUCACAUUAUCAGCAUAUUCAUCACAAUCAGCUUCACAUUCCUCACCAUCUCACCAAUAACUUGAGUCUAAACAGUGAGCAUGGCACAUUUCCAAUCACAGCACCUGGUCAGCAUCCCAGACCACCACCACUGCCCUCAGCCAUCCACACACCACCUGUCCUGCACCACUCCACGACGGCCAGUAAUGGGCUAAGGGAAACCUCUGCCUCGGUCCCUCCUGGUUCUACCAUUCCCCUGGCAGACGUGGAGGAGGCAGUGUAUCAGAUGGACCAGCUCUCCCUGCUGCCUGACACGCCAGAAUUUUACCCUCUUGAUGGAUCUGAGGAGACAGAGCAGUACCACCUAACACUGUCUUCAGAAGACGAGUGACUGAAGUGCCUGCGAUUUGUAUGACAAGAUUCCUUAUUUUUUGUCAAGAAGUUCGGUCUGUUGUGUCCCCAUUUUUUUCCUUUUUUCUAUAAUAAUAUUGCAUGUAUGUUGUAAUAGUCUGCGUGUAAUGUAACAACUAUACAUACUGUCAUAUUUAUAAUGCUCUCAAGAGGUCACUUCUCACUUCCUUCACCUUGAUUUCACUGUCACUACUAAUGACUUCCCAGACUGUCCUUCAGAAACACUUCAGUACUACUUACUUUAUUUUGGUUACUGAUUGAUGUAUGUGUGAAAUUCCAAAGAGUAUACUUUUAUGUGUGGAAGUUUACAUAAUAUCUACUCAGAAAUCAGGAGUGGUAAAAUACAAUAACUUAAGAGUGAGAUGUGAGAUUUAAAUAAAAUAUUAUGUUUUGGUUGUAUAAUCUUUCUAAAUAAAAUGUGGAAAUCAGUGCGAAUAAAUUUUAAUCAUC